GUUCACGCGAAUGGAAGGCGGAGUUAAAAGAAACACUUCAAACAAAUAAUUGCCGCGACGCCGCGCGCAGUGCUCGUUUUCACUUCCAGUGCUUCCAAAGGUGCAGUUUGGGAAAUAAUUGAGAGGAAUUGUCAGCAGCCUGAAACAGCAAACCGCGUUCAUUCAUUUGGGAAUGAGUGUGUGAGAGUGUCGAAGCAGCAGUAAUGGCAUCAGGGGGAGACAGCAGGGCCUCUGCAGAGGAAGAGGGGGGUGUCCCACUGGACAUUGAUGAUAUGCACUUACUCUUACAAGUGGAACAGGAGCAGAUUCAGAAGAGGACAUUCACAAACUGGAUCAAUGCGCAGCUCUCCAAGAGGAGCCAUCCAGCUGUUGUCCAGGAUCUGUUCUCAGAUCUUCGAGAUGGGACUCGACUGCUUGACCUACUGGAGGUGAUGAGUGGCCAGUGCAUGAAGCGCGAGCGGGGUCAUGGUGUGUUUCAGCAUAGAGGCAACAUCGAGACUGCUUUGAACUUCUUGAAGAAUAAAUCAAUCAAGCUGGUGAACAUAAACAUCCCAGACAUCAUAGAGGGGAAACCUUCCAUCAUUCUGGGCCUGAUAUGGACCAUCAUUCUGCACUGUCAUAUAGAGGAGCUAGCCAACACUCUCUCUUAUGGAUCCCGUUCAUCCUCUAUGGACUCUUUGUCCAGUCUGGAUUCUGUUCCUGGAUCUCCAGGCAGUAGUCCUGUUCCUCGAGGAGCAUCACCGCUCCACACACGCUUCCGUCUGUCUGCUAAGAAGGCUUUGCUGCUGUGGGUUCGGGACCAGUGCCAAAAAGUUGGUUGCUCAGCCAGUGUGAGGGACUUUAAGUCCAGCUGGAGGAGUGGUGAGGUGUUUCUGGCCAUUCUCUGCUCGCUUAGACCUGAUCUGGUGGACCUCUCUCAAGCGCAGACCAGCAGCCACCGGGGAAACCUGGAGAGGGCAUUUCACCUCGCUGAGAAGGAGCUCGGAAUUCCCAGACUGCUCGAGCCAGAAGACAUUGAUGUCAGUAACCCUGAUGAGAAGUCUAUCAUGACAUACAUUGCUCAGUUCCUGCAGUACUCCAAUGAUCUGCCCGUAGCUGAUGAUGAUUUUGAGCUUCAAACUCUGCUCUUUCCCACAUGCCUUUCUCCUGUCAACCUCCCUACAUACUUCACUCCUGCUGUGCUGGCCUCACCAAUCCACCAGGCUUCACCCAGUCAGAAAGCCAGAGAGAUGAAAUGCUGGCUAGAGCGAGCCUAUCAGGAGUUACUGGAGGCGUGGAAUUCCACAGAGGGGAAGGGAUAUGCACAGAGGUAUCAGGCAUUUCAGAACUUUGUGGGGACUUAUUAUGACCAACGACGUCCAGUUAUUCCACUUCUCAGUGCAAUGAGACGCUGCGCUAAACUAAGUGAGGAGCAGAUGGCACUGAGAAAAGCAUGGGACAGCAUGGAGGAGAGGCUGCAAGAGUAUAGAACAGAGCUUGAUGUUGGUUUGCCAGCCCCUCUGAACACACUGGGCCGGUGGCUCCAGCAUAUGGAGGCUGUGCUAUCUGAAGACAGCGGGAGCGCUGAAGAUCAUGCACUUGCUUCCAGAGACGCCAGACACAAGCAUGAACAGCUGAAGGUCUUGGUUGAGGACUUAAGCCAGCACUUGAACACCCUUCAUCACUACCAGAUCACAGAUGAUGAAGUGCCAGUCGAGAAGCUGGAGGAGAUCAAGAGACGUUUCACCAGUGCCAGAGUGACAGCCAAGUACCACGGCAUCAAGCUACAAUACAGAGAGGAGAUGCACCAUGUUUAUGACCUGCUGGGACAUCUGAAGUCUAAGCUGAGCUUGUGGAGAGGGCCUUACGGCUCUCAGGAGUCUGUUCAGUCUCUGCUACAAGACUGGCAUGAGACUGUUGACAAGCAAGGUCUGGUGUGGAUGUUGAAGGAAGCGCUUAAUAAGCUGAAGGACACAGCAGUCAGCUAUACCAACAAAGCAGCUCUGUCUGACGACUCACCUGUGGUUAACAGGCAGGUAAAAGAGGCAGAUAGUGAGGCGGGAGUCAGUACAGAAGCUGCAGAAGCAGUAAGAUCCACCAUGGAACGUGUUCUGGCUGCAUGGGAGUCCUACAGAGACUGCCUGUAUCUAUUACAGGUCUGGCUGGGGCAGGAGAAACAAUCAGAGGCUCAAGAGCACAAGCAUUUUUCCUCCAGCCUGAAUGAGUGGAGAUCACGUCAAGCCCAGCUGAACGAGGCAGGAAACUUUCUCAUUGAGAUGAGUGAGGCCUCCACCAGCCACUCUCUGACCGAAGAGCUCCGCAAACUGAACAUGCAGUGGGCUGACUUCAUAAAAAGGACCAAGUUUGCAGUGGCCCCUCAGCCCAUCUCUGCAGUCGCAGGUGUCCAGGCUUCCCUGAUGCAGGAAGCCAGCUGGGUGCUUAGAGAGACAGUUGAGGUGUUAUCUGGACCUCUACGUAUUUACAGAAAGAAACUCCAGGGCAUAACUAAGAAGAUGUCUGAGUUCAAGCUGAACUCUUUGUCUCCAUCUCCAGACUGCAAAGAGGAAACUCUUCAGAAAUUCAGACAAACUCUUCCAGAGACACUUGAGACUUUGACCAAGGUGGAUCAGGUGUGUGAGAGACUCCAGAAAUCCGCAUCUCUGCUUGAGGGCAGGCUGGCUGAGCUUGAAAACUGGAGCAAUGAAGUCCAAGAGGUCUGCCACCACCUAAAAGAAAAGCAGCAGAGGGGCCACCGGGGGGCACAUCCCAGUGCUAAAGCACUGAUCUCCAGAGGUCUACAGUUGGAAGGACAGGUGGUAACAGAAGCGGAGGACCUGCAGGUGCUUGUGACAUCAAUGCAAAAUAACUCCUCCCUUCCUUACCUUAGCACAUCGGCAAUACAAGACCAACUGAAAAGGACUGUCUCACACUGUCAGGAGGUUACUGAGAUGCUCAGUUCUCAUGGAGUGAAGCGUGAAGGACAGCCUGUGGGUGAGCAGCCUGCUUCCAAGGUUUUUGUGCAGACACAUUCUCAGCCUGAAUCCCAAACUAGAAUCAUUCAACACCAUCAGGAUCAGACGUUCUUCCAAAGCAGCAAUCUUUCUCUAGAGGGCCCAGUAGAACCUCAAAACCAAGAACUCCAUUCUUCUCAGCUGCAGUCACAAUUGGAAACCACCAGUGGCAUACAACCCCAGUUUCUCCCCCUGGUUCAAGAAAAAUCUCCAAAAGCCCAGAGCAAAACUAUAUGCCAAGUACAGCAUGCAGAGCUCAAACAGACUUUGCUGUCAUCUGUUGUUAGCAGGAAGGUUCAGUUGAAACCCCAAACUGAUUUUCAACUGAUCUCUGUAGACUCAAGCCUAACCAGUCGCUUUGGACCUUCAGACCUUCAAGCUGCCUUAGUAAACUCAAGCCAAAAGAGUGGCAUUGGACCUUUACAGGUUAUCUCUGUAGACCCAAACCAAUCCAGUGACUUUGGACCAUCAGAGCAACAGGUUGUUUCUUCCACCUCAAGCCAAACCAGUGGUUUUAGACCAUUAGACUCUCUCCAGGUUAUAUCUGUAGACUCAGGUGAAACCAGGGGCUUUGGACCAUCAGACCUUCAGGUUAUCUCUGUAGACUCAAGCCAAAGCAGUGGCAUAGAACAUUCAAUCCCUCUACAGUCUUUCUCUUCAAUGGCGUCUAGCCCAAGCAUGUUGCUUACAUCGGUUACCGUGACUCAACUAAGAAUGCCAGUCGAGCAGCAUCUUGAUUCACCACCACAAACCUUCUUGGUGACCCCACACCAAAGACAAAAGGUUCUGGCCAAAAGUCACAGUUUUCCAAAAUCCCAUGAGCAAUCACAUACCUCACUUGUAUCCUGCCCAAGCACUUUGCAUACACCGGUAACAGUCACUCAACAAAGAACGCCUGUCGAACAGAACCUUGGUUCACCACCGAAAAGGCAACCUCAGACCUCUGUGACAACCCAACAUCAAAGACAAAGGGUUCUAUCCAAAAGUCACAGCUUUCCACAGCCAUCAGAGGCUCCAGGUGUUCCCCAUGUCCCAGUACAGAAUGAGGUGUAUGCCAGAGCUCAGGCUUUGGCCAGGAGCAGACUGGAUAAAGCAAAACUGCACCUGCGUGAACACAUACAGGAUGUCAUCACAGUGAUCGGCACCAGAGACAGAUCUAAAAAACAAGCCAAGAAAAAACAGGCAGUGUCACGUCUUCUCAGGCCUUCAGUGUUUGAGGCAUUUCUAGAAGCUGUGAGGGGAAUGGGUGAUUUCUGCUCCGAUGCCCAGCUCAGAGACAUGGACCUCCUCUCUCAAUCAGUCAGAGCCCAGUGGGAGGUAUGUGCCACAGCAGCUGAGCGUUCAGUGCAUCUGGAAGCCUUGAGAAGAAUUGCAGAGAGUCUGCAGCCCACAGAGAGUGUUCUUCUCAGCACCAGCCAUCAGAGAACAGACACAGAGAGGGCGGAGAACGUUCAACGCCACACAGACUCCACAAGUGACUGCGCACCAUGCCAGGAUGGCAGGGGGGGAGCAGUCAAGGAUUGUGUCCUGCUGAGAAAGACUGUACUGGUGGAUGACCUGAGAGACCGCGUCCACUCACAGGCUGUUGUCCAGACCAACAUCGUGGAGAUAAAACAGAUACCAGAGAGGACCGUCAUCCAUCCCUGUUCAGCACAGGAAAGGGUUACAGCACAGGAAACUCAGAGCAGCUACAGUGCUGCACAGUCAGUCCUCCAGCGGCAACUGCUUAACAACAGUCAGCAGCUGGAAUCAGAGUUUCCCAUCAGCCCCGGCAACAAUGCCAAUAUCUCUGCUGACUCACUGAGGACCCAACUCCAGAACAUACUGGCUCUUAAGGACCAGACGGAGGCUCUGUGGCGUGAGUUUGAGCUUCAGUGUUCCCAGAGCUCUCAGCACAUGGAAGAUGGCUGUAACAUGGAGCAGGAGAGAGCUCAGCUCAUUCAACAAUGGAGGGAACAACAGAUGUGCAUUCAGGCCAGGGUGAAGUCCCUUGAAACUGCGGUAGAGCUGCUGGAGUCAGCGGAUAUACAGAUUGGACUGAUUUCUGAUCAGAUCAAACAGAUCAGUCAGAAACCUCUAAAUAUCAGAAACUUUGCCAUUUCUGAUCCCAAAAAUCUACAUGAAGAACUAAAGCGUUUGGAUAAAAGUAUCGAGAAAGAGCUGUUUCUGCUUAAUAAGAGUGGUGGUCCAGUUAGUGACGCUGCUGAUCUGAGUCACAUUGAGCUCCAAGCUCAUCUUCCCCUUCAGCAAACUCUCCAUGACCGCACAAAAUGCUUGGAUCAGCAAAGACAAUGUCUGAGAAAGAGUGAAUCGGCCCUGAUGGGCCUCGUGAACCUCUUAUCACAUCUCCAGCAGGUGAAUGCCGACCUCAACGCAGCUCACAGCACAUCAAAUCGCAGUUUAGUCUCCAUCCGGCAAAGCCUUCAGCAGGCCAGGGAAGAAUCGGUUCAGCUAGACCGAAUGCUGGAUGAUGCUGGCAUGAGAAUAACUCUGGAUGACAAACCAGGCAGCUGUCAUGAGAUGGUGUCAGCUCUGGCACUGCGUGCCGAAGAGGUCGAGGCCAAACUGGCUGUAGGGCUGAAGCAAACUGACAGAGGAGGGAAAGGAAGAGCGGAGGGAGAACAGAGGGACAGAGUGUUCAGUAGGAAGAGGAUGGGCCUGCAGGUCGCCCUGAGGGAGGUGCUGGCAGCACUUGAAAAACAUGGCCUGAAGGAGCCCACACUUCCUGCACUACAGCACAGGUUACGCUUCCUGACAGACAUGGAGAGCAAACUGUUUGCACUACGCUCAGAGAUUCAGGAUCUGAGAAAAACUUGUGAACAGACAAGCACCUCAGAGACAGCCAUCAGCGAGCUGCAGACGCAAUGGGAAAACGCACACAGAACAGUCACAGAGAGUCGUGAACAGUGUGUCUCUCUGAGCGAACUACUGAAGAAGUUCCAGAGCUGCCGAAAUCGCUUGGGCAGCACUUUGCAGAAAGCAGAGCAGACUAUUGGUGACCAGGCCUCCUAUAUUGGCAAAGACAACCUGCAGCUCCUGAUCAGUAAGGUGACCAGUAUAAAGACAGAUCUCGGUGGUCUUGGGGACGGGGUGGAGGAGUUCAGAGCUGUGUGUCGACAGCUGCAGUCUCUGAUGAGAAGGAUCCCAGACUGUGCUGAAGCUCCAUUUGAGAGUGAGGCUGACACCCUCAUGGACCGCUGGCUUGAUGUCACCGAGAAAGCAGACUGUCAUCUGGACAACCUUCAAGCUGGCUUCUCUCUUUGGGAAAAACUCCAACUGCUGGCUGGAGAGGUGGAGGGCUGGAGCGCCCAAAAGCUGAUGACACUUGCUGAGUCACACCCCUUUCAGACAGAGCAGGAUGUGUCUGCCAUGCAGGAUGAACUCAGGAUACAAGAGGAGAACAUUGAAUAUGUCCAUCGCAGAUCUUCAGAGAUCCAGGAGCUGCUGCAGAGUCGCGAGCUCCCACCAGAGCUACAGGUGAUUGAGAGCCAGCUGAGGAAGAAGAUGGCAGAGGUGAAGGAGCUCUUUUCUGAGACCAGUGAUGUUUUUAGUCAGCUGGAAGCUGCCAAGGGGACGGUGGCAUCUGAUAUUGCAGAUCACCUGUCCUCCAUUCAGACUAUUACAAAUGCACUGACCACAUCUGAGAGCCCUCUGGUCCUCAAAACAAUCCAGGGCUUAUCGGAGCAGUUGCAAGCGGAAGCAGAGCAGGCAGAUGCAUUACUGCAGCAGAUAAGUCUUCUGGCCAGCAUUGCAGGUCUAGAAAACCUGCAGACGCUGGCUGAAGAUGGAGCUCACCUUCGAGAACGCAUCUGCAUGGCCAGAGAGCUGGUCAUAGAGAAGAGAGAGCAAGCAAUUAACCCCAAUAGACCUGAAAAUCAAAUGGUCCAAGACCCUAAGCACAUCAAGCCCUUGAUUGAAAAAACAGAAGAUGCUGCGCCAGAGAUACAGUCUGAAACUAAUGGUAAAACAGAGGAACAGUCAAAGACACAAGAUGAGCUGAAGGACUUCAAAGAGCAGGCCUGCAGCUGGGCCAGUGAACUGCAUCUGAAGGUUUCUGAGGAUGUGAACAGAUGGGUAACACCUGAGGAGAAACUCACAGCAGUGCAGGAUGUGUGUGUUGAUCUUGGUCAGAGUAUGACUGAGGAGCUGAAGUGUGCAAUGUUAAUACAACAGAGCCACGAGGGUCUGGACUCUCUACAGGGUCGGAUAGAGGGCAGCUCUAAUGACUCGAAUGCAUUAAAGACUGUAGAGGAAGUGGAAGGAAACCAUCUAGAGGUUGAGAAACUGUCUGAGGUCCUGCAGACAAGCUGUACUCCAGAGGGUCAGACCUCUAUCUCUCAAGAAUCUCAAACAUUGUUUGGAAAGACGCCAGCCCUGAGGAAGAUCUUGGAAGAUGAGAGGACUCCGGAAGGCAACUCUGAUCCAGAUCAAUGUUCCAUUCAGUGCAUCGAGCCUCAGCAGCCUGGAGCGUCCACAGAGGAGCUCCAGUCAGUUCAGGUUGCCGCUGACAGUGAAGUGGAUGACAUGGAUCGUAUGAAUGUAAAAUUCUUGCCCACAAAUGAAGUUAGUGAAACAGAAGAUCAAUCACCUUGCUCAGAACAACAAGCAACCGAAGAUCUUGGGAACCUUCCAUCAGGCCACGACUCAAAUAAGCAGCUGCUCAUGUCUGGAUCUAAAGAGAUAGACGGAACUGGAUCUGUAUUAGGAGAAGGUGACAGCAAAUCCACUCAUGGCUCAUCCUGUGAAUCAUUAAAGCCUGUCUUUACCAUAGUGCUGGACUCUGAUCUUACCAAACCCAAUCAGAACCCACUAACACAAGCCAUCCCAGCUUCUUCAGCUAAAUGGGAUGCUGUUUCAGUUUUUCAUGAUAGGACCGCAGAGACAUCAGCGGAUGGCUUGAAACACUUGGAAGUCAAACCAAAUGUUGAUUUAGCUAUGGAUGAAGAACAUGAUGCAAUAAGCUCUUCCGAUGAACCUAUACAUUUAUGUGCUGAUCUUUCAAAAUCAGAAGUGCAGUUUAAAGAAAACAGCCACACUGAUAAUAUUGAACCCACUCGUUCUGAUCUAGACCUUGAUUUCAGGCCUAAACCAGAGAAGGACUCGUCUACUCAAGCAUUUGACCCAGUGCUUUCAUACCCAGAGAAGCAUCAAGGAAGCUCUGGAACUGCGAAGAAAGUAUUUACCAUCAUCCUAGAUGUUGAUACUCCUGUAUUAUCAUCAGCCAGGUAUCAAUCGCUGCAAGAGACACAGUGUACAGGUCCUGAAGACUCAACCACAGAUGAAUUCUCCCAUUCAGAUGUAAAAAAUCAUCAGAGGAUCUCCUCUGGUACUGAGAAACCUGAAGGCCAAAUGGCUGAGCUAGAUUUAUCAGAAGAGUCCAAUGUGAUAUCAAGAAGCUCUGAAAUACAGCCAGGACAGAAGGCAGCUAUGCUUAUCCAACCCCAAACCCCUGAGAUCAUGGAGAUUGACGUUCAAAUAGAUGAAAAAGAGAAGCAACAUGAAGUCACUGAUGCAGAAACAUCAAGCCAAAUGGAUGUCCACACUGGAGAAGGCAACGAGUCAGGGUCUGUAGUUCACCAACAGGAUGUCCCAGUGUUGGAGAGUGAUGAUGAGGAUGACAAAAACACCAUUGAAGAGGCUUCAAAUGAAGCAAAACCCCUUCAAAAGCCUCCAAAAGUUGCUAAAGGUAGGAACAAGAACAGAAAACCAGCUGGUGUAGAAAAAGCAAGCAAUGUCAGUAAUAAAAAGCUGAGCAAAUGUAAAUCUAAACAUAAGAGCACAACUGACUCAGAAAGCCUUCAAACUUCUGAGGUCAGGUUGCCGGACACCACAGAUACUUCACUGACUGUGUCUUCAGACUUUAGUGAGCCAAUCAUUGCAAAACCAUUGAGCACACAAGACAAACUAACAGUGGACACUGUGCAGAAAGAGACCUUGAAUCAAACUGAGACAGAGGAUGGACAUUUUGAAAAUGUUAGCAUCUCUCUUGCCGGAGAUGGCCAUAUUAGUACCAUAGCUAGUGUGGUUUUAGCAACAGUGGAGUCUGUGCAGUCAACACAUAAAGAGGACUCAGAAUUAACGCCAACAGAUUCUGUUGUGACAGCUGACUGUAGAACACAAAUUCCUACCGCAGUCCAAUCAGAGUCACAACUCAGCCAUGCUGAAGCUCGGAGGACAGAGGAUUCAGAUGGCAGUUUCCCUUUGCAGUAUGAAGAAAUGCACAGAGUCAAUUCACAUCCAUCCGCCGGCAACAAAACACCCCAAAGCAGAGGAUCAGUACCAGACGGUGAGGAUAAAACGAGGCAUGUGGAGCAGCCUACUGGAACACAUGUGUGGGCCGUUUUACUGAACACCAUCACUAAUGUUCAGCCGCUACUGAUGACCAGUCACGGUUCUGAGGAAUCUAGACCAAGGCAAGAUUCCGUGUUUCAGAAUGCAUCGCUUUUAGAAUCUGAGACCAGUCUGGCAUGGACUGCCCUGUGGGUGUUCAGAUGUCGGUACCGACCGGCCCAACUCCGCAUUGAACAUAUGACUCAACAGCUGGAAGAAGCUGAGAUCUGCCAGCAGUGUGUUAUGGAGCAGGUGGCUAGACUGCCUCAAAGUGAAUCUAGUGCAGCAUGCUCUUCAAAGCCCGAGCAAACCAUAGAGGGCAGAUGGAAAACAGUACUGAUGGAUACCUCAACUAUGAUGGAGUACAAAAAGACACAGCUCCAGCAGGUCACACAGUACCACCAGCAAAAACGGGCUCUCGCGGAUACUCUACACGACCUGGAGGCUGAGCUCAGCACACUGACACAAAGCAGCACCUUUCAAGUAGAGAAGCUGAAUGCAUUCCUGAAGAACAUGCAGAAGAAGAGAGGCAUACUAGAGGAGCUCCUAAAGACAUGCUCUCAGAUUUCAGCCCAUCUGGGUGAGACAGAGGGACCUGUGGCCUGCAUUGAACCUUUUAGGACUUUACAGGAGAGAUGGCAAACUGUGGAGCGGGUUGCUUACAGCAGUCUGUGGGGUGCUAACAUCUGCACAGCAGAAGUAGCUGCACUCCUGCAAGAAGCCAGAGAGCUGCACCAUGAACUGGAGCUUCUGGAGAAGUCAGUUUCUCUUCCGCAUCCCUCUCAAGGACAGAUGGACUGCCAAAGUGCGCUACAAGAGACUGUGAGAACUGCAGACCUGGCAGUGUUAACUGAGCGCUACUUGUACCUUCUUGAGGUUUCUCAGGCUCUUUCCUCAAGUCCGCUGGGAAAAAAAGAGCUCAGAGAUGUGGAGGACGCAAUGCAAGGCUUGAAUUCUCAGCUUGCUCUGACUCAGGAGAAGAUCAGCUCUCAGACUUCAAAGGGCAAUGGUUGCUCACCGAUCAUGAGGAUUAUCAGGGACUACGUUACAUGGGCUAAACAAACAGAAAGCAAAGUCAGUAGGAGAAGGAGGUUGUCUCUGUUUCCUGAAGAAGCAAGUCACCAGGUCAAUCACAUGAAGAAACUGCAGUCUGAAACAUCUCUUAAGAGGUUUCAGUUGGCCUCUGUUUUGAAAGAGUUAAGAGAAGAAGUUACAGGACUCAAUAAGGAGGAUUCCAUGUCACCCACCCUCAAUUCCCUAGAAGAUCUGUACGUUAAGCUUACAGAGAAGACCGAAUGUGCUGUUGCAGAAAUGAACAGAAUGUUUCAUAUUAGAGAAAGACUGUGGAAACAGAUCACUGACAGCAGCUCUUGGUUGACCUCAGUAUUAGAAAAAGAGUCUGGUAAAACAGUGGCUUCUGAACCUAAAACUACCAUCCCAGAAUUGAGGGUUCAGAUUCAGGUAUGCACAGAAGCUUUGAGGGAUGCUGAGAGACAAGCAAAAAAUCUGGAGACUCUGUUAGAUGAAAUGAAAGAAGUGAAUCACGGUCUGAGUGUACCUGAAAGCUUUCAGCUUAUCAGUAGGCUAACAGCCUUACAAGAAGAGGUCUCUAGGGUUGUGAACCGUAAGUGCGCCUUGCACUGGGUGCUUGAAGAACUCCUUCAUGCUCAGGAAUCCUCUGCUGAGGAACAGAACAUCACUCUGAAGAGCUUGAGACAGAUGAGUGCUGAUGUCACGCGGCAGAAGUAUCCCGUAACAAGGGACUCGCUCUUGCCUCUUGAACCUGUUAAGCACAUGCUGAUGGAGCUCCUCUGCAAAGUGCCAGAAAUUCCCCACUGCCCAGAUCCUCGGAGGAAAGAGAUGCUCAAUGCUGUACUAGACCUACAGAGGAGAAUACAUCUGCUGGAGUUGCAAGCCAAAGAGCAUGAAGAGUACCUCAUUUUAAGGCAGCGCAUGGAGAACUCCAUAGAGGCGGUGAAGAAGAGCUUGUCGCAGAUUGUAGACUCAAGUGUAGGAGUUGACGUAAGGCUCGGCUUUUGUCAGACUGUCCUGGUGGAGCUGCCUUUGGUGAGGAUGACAUGUCAAGAAGCCGCUGACCACCUUGAGGCCAUUUCGAAAGAUCUCUAUCCAUCCCAGCUGACAACAGAAAGGCACAAAAUCCGUUUGGUCAUUGAGCAGCUAGCCUCUUGGGAGCUCACAGUAAAAAAUGAGGCUAAAACUCUUGAGUGCUCUCUGGCAGAGCGACUCGGCAGUCCUACAGACCUCAGUCCACUCACUGAGCUCUUUAACAGUGUCAGUCAGCAGCUGAAGGAGACCAUCUGCUUGGAGCCAGAUAAUAAGACCAUUGAUACACAGCUACGAAAGCACUGGAUGCUAAUCCAGACCACUGAGUCUAUUCUACGAAUGUUAGCGCACUACUGGAAAGAAGUAGAUGUUGAAAGCUACCAGAUGACCAUUGAUCUCGGCCAGAAAACUCUUAAAGAUUGUGAUAUGCAUAUGGACAAGCUGCUCCAAGCUCGGGAGGCACUGAAGCAUUACCACUGGGCUGUUCAGGGUGCAGAGAGCUUCCUUCAGCAGAUUGGAUCCAAUCUCAUGAUCCCCUCUGAUGGCUUCAAAGGAUACAAAGAGGAGCAUCGCUAUGUUCAACAGAUUUUCAGCACUCUGGUUGAGGGUUUCCAGGCCCGCUUGUCUGAAGUUGGUGCUUCUGUUCCCCAGCAGACAUGCCUUUCCAUCCCUCUAACCGAGCAGCUUCAUAUCAAGGUUUUGAGUCACCUUCUAGUACAAGAUGCCAAAUUAGAAGCUCAGGCACAGCUCAGACUUGAGGCCUUACAGAGGUCCAUGAAAGAUCAAAUUGUGCACAUGAGUCACCACGAAGAACUGAGUCAACUUCUCAAAAAUGUUGAUUCUCAAAUCUCAACAUUUUUAAGUCAAAAACCAGCUGAUUCUGAAGCCUGCCAAGAUCAACUGCUGAAAGUAAAGGUGCUCCAGACAGAGCUGAAGAACCUCUCUAAAAAGCUGAAGGAACUGAGCGAAAGCUGCCCAGGUCUUCGCUGCAAAGCACCCAUGGAUCUGAUGCUGGGACAACUGUGGAGGUCUUGGGCAGUGCUGCAGUGCAGAGUGGAAUCUCUCAAAGCCAGCAUGUCUCAUAAAGAAGCAGAGUGGAGAGACUUGGUGAUACGUCUGAAUAAAUCAAAGGAAGGUCUUGACAGACUGCAGAAUGAUCUCCCAGACUCGUCUACGGUGAUGGGAUCCCUGGUGGAUCUUCAGGGUGUUCUGAGCCUCACUGAGCGCCUUCAAGAUGGGAUUGAGCAGGAGCAUCACACUUUGGCAUCUCUACAACACCAUGUGGCACGAUUGCUUGGGGUCUCAAAUUUGCAGCAGCUGAAAGUGUGUCCUCAAAUCUGUCAGGACUUGCAGUCUCUACAGGGUCACUGCAGAAGUCUCAGAGAUCAGAGCAAUAAUAUCCGCCGGGAGGUGCUUUUUGAGAACCAGGAGUUGGGUCGUGUGCAGGAUGAGCUGGGUGUCGUUCAGCAGAAUGUUCUCUCUCUUUUGACGGCUUUACAGUCGGAGUCAGCUGCUCAACAUUUACAGGAAGUCAAAGUGGAGUUGGUUUCACAGAAGGCUCGACUGCAGGAUGUCAUGGACAGAGUGCAGAAGAAAUGGAGCUGUGUGCCUACAGAGAUUCAAAUCUUACACAAUGAGCUCAACGUCUCCAUGCAGGAGGCCCAAGACAAAUUGGUCAUGGUCAUGGAGAGAAGUGGUCCUCUCUGCAAAAUGGGUGAGCUGGUUGGAGAGGUGAGGGUGGGCUUGAAUUGUGUGCAGGCCCUGCUGAAGCAAACAAGUCCUAAUUUUUCUGAGGCUGAACAUACACAAAAGCGCAUAUGGGAUGAGCUGGACCAGUGGCACACUCGGAUAGCUGAGCUGGAGGCUGAGGUGCAGGAUAUGGCUGAGCAGAAGCCUGAGAGAGCACACAUUCUCAUGGACCAGCUCAUGGAGCCUCUGCAGCUCUACCAGACCACAGCCAAACAGGCCGAGCAAAGGACCGCCCUCGUCAGCAGGGUCCCUGCCUGUCUGCAGGACUAUGAGGGUUUACUCAAUAGCGCCAACUGCUGGUUGAGAGAGGCUCAGUCCUGGCUGGUCGCACCCAGAACCUACACCACUGCCAAAUGCAUCAACUCUCAUGCCAACUCCCUUGAGAUGAUGCUGGAUGAAGCGGAGGGAUACAGGGCAGAUCUGGAGGCCUUCCUGCCUGCUCUGCAGGAGAUCACUCCAGUGUGUGACACCACCCCUCAACAACAUCUUCUCCAGCUGUGUGUACAAAACAUCUCACUCAUGCAGCAAAGCGUUCUGGACCCGCUCUCCCACCUUCAGCACCUAGCAGCUGAGAUGGAUGCCAUUGAAAAAGAGGUAAAGGCAAUGGAGGAAAAUAUAAAUAAGAUCAGAACAAUCCUUUCAGCCACUGACACAGAGAACAUUUCUCCUGAGGAACAUCUGGAGCACAUACAGGUCAUUCUGGAUAAUGUCCAGUCCAUGAAGAGGACCAUUGAUGAGAUUGAGAGCUGCAGGCCCGGCCUAGGGCUUCCUGCUGGGGCAGAGCAGACUCUCACAGCUUUCCAUCGGGCUCAAGAGCUCCUGCAGCCCAUCCAGGAGCUACAGCAGCUCAGUGUGGAGCAAAACACAGCGUUGAGGGCCUCUGUUGGACAACCAGCUGAAAUGAUUCUCCCUUCAGACCAAACCACAGAAUUCACGAUGCCACAUCUUUACACUGGAGAUGAGAGGCAGGUCUCUAUGGAAGGUCGUUACACUGAGGAGGAUGAUGAAGACAAUCAGUCUUCGUCCUCAGGAACUCUCACGUGCAGUGUUCCAGAGGACCCAGAUGAGACAAUAGAGGGGGAAGAUGCUAAGUCAGGUGCUGACAUUGCUGUAAGAGAUUGUGUCACUAAGGAAUCAUCUCCUGAAGAAGUUGAUUUUCAUGCAAUCAAGUAUGUAACUCAGGACGCUGACACAGGAAGUUGUUUACUCGAGCCUUCUGACUUCUCUGAAAUGCCUGGCAUAGUCAGCAGACCAGUUACUGAAGAGACGAGUUCCUCACUUGCACUAACAUCCCAACAUUCGAAAGAAUUUACAAAUGAUAGUAGUCUGAAGACUGACAGUGCAAAUAUAGCUGAGGAAAAGCAAAAUGAGUGCCCCAAAACCAAGUUGACUGAAGCAGUUCCAGCAAAGCCAGGAAUAUCCUCAGAAACCACCAUGUUAAAAGCAAGUGAUGCCAAUGAAUUGACUAAAGAGUUUGAAUCUGUAGAUCAGAAUGAAGUAUCUGUAAACACAGAAACCGGUACAAGUGAUCAAGUGAAAACAACAAGCCCAAAGCCACGUGACACAGAGACAAUAAAUGUUACUGAUGGUGAUCAGACCCAGACAGAGACUAAACCCAUCGAUGCCACAGCUCCUCUUAUGCUCUCCUCCCAGCAUACAGAAUAUGUGCCACAGGAAGAUACAACAUUGGGAAUACAGAGAGAUGUUAUUGAGGCCAUGGUUCACCAGAGCAGCAGCCAGUCUCAGGAUCACACAGUUAUCAGUGAUCUGUCACAGUCUGAAGGAGGAGGUGAAGAUCAAGUGAGUUUAGUCCAGCUUCUCACCUCAUGUCAGGACGUCAGUUCUUUAGAGAUGAGACGGCAUCUGUUAGAGAUUCCGGAGACUGUGUUAAAUGCCAGUGGAUCACAGAUGGAAGACUCAGCUAAACUCCUCAAGGACCUUUCAAGCAUCAAGAGUCUGCAAGACGGCACAUGGGCUUUGGCACUUGAGCGGCGGAGAUCGGCGGGACAGAAUAAUGUUGAGCUCCAGAGAUGUUCUGAAGCUCUUCUGAAGGGUCUGCGGGCUCUCCUGGAGCUGGGCUCUGAGCGGCUGCUGCGCAGUCAGAAUGCACAGCCACAAAACUGCAGUCAGCUGCACAGUCUGCUCACAGAACACAAGAAAUACUUCCAAGAUUUGGGUCAGGGCCUUGUAAUGGUCAAGCUGCUAUACCAGAAGCUGCCAGAGGGGUCACUGCAGGGCCAAGCAGAGGUGGAGCAGUUAAUAUCAGAUCUACAGGGUCAAGCACAAACUCAUGGUGUCCAAAUGCAGCACAGCUUAGAGGAGUGGUCUCAGUACGAGGAGGUCACUGAGAGACUGCGUAAACAGUUGGAUGAGAUGGAGACAAACAUGUCCAGUCUGGAUUCAGAGCCAGAGGGAGAACUGCAGUGUCAGCUGCAGUCCUUUGAGAGAUUGCACAAGAUCCUAGAAGACACAAGGCCUCAGGUGUGGGAGGUCCAAGACCGAACCAGGAUCCUACAGAAAAAGGGUUGUUACCCUAAGUGGCCUGGCCAGACUGUCUCCAAAUCACAACUGUUGUUACGCUGGAUGGAGCUUCAUAAUCAAAUACAGCAGAAGAUACAGUCUACACAGAAGAUCAGAAAGAAUUAUGACAGGUUCCAGCGUGACUCAACAGAACUAGAAGAAUGGAUGCGUCAUGCUCAAGAACAGGUUCUGAAGUGGAACAAUUUCUCUGAUUCUGGUCUCUUGGACUCCAGAACAGUCUUUACCCAGCUCAUGGAGUUCUUCAAGGAGCUGGAGUGCCGUUCAGCACAGAAAGCUUCUGCAGAACGUUCAGGUGCACAGAUACUGCAGCUGACUGACGGUGAAGCUCCAGGUCUGCGCAGACGACUGGCUCAACUUGAGCAGGAAUGGACGAACUUGAGUAACGUCCUGCCCACUCUCCACCAGACACAGCAACAACUGUUGACAAAGCAGUCUCACAGUCAGAUCUUGGCCAGCUUGACCUCCUGCCUCAAAAAUGUAGAGGGGCGACUGGAAGAUGAGAGCUCUCUGAGCUCCUCUGAUCUGUCUAGACAUCUACAGGCUUUGAAGGAUCUUAAGGCUGAAAUGACCAGUCAUCAGCCGUACGUUGACUUUCUGAAUCACCAGUCUGUGGAGUGGGCAGGAUCAGUGAAUGAACCCACCAAUCGCAAUGAGCGCAUCCUGUUCGCUGAGCAACUGGGAGCUCUCAGUCUGAGUUGGCUUAUUCUACAGGCCAAAAUUGACAGCAAGAUACAUGAUGUUGAGGACCAGUGGCAGGCCUGCACGGACAGAAAAAAGCGUUUGCGCUGUAUCCACAGCUGGAUCUCUCAACGUACUGAAUGGGUGAAAAACAGCUGGCGACCAGAGAGCUGCUCGCAGAUUGAGCAAACAUUGCAGGAGUGUGAGGAGACAGAGGACAGGCUGCAGGUGAAGUCCUCUGAGCUGAAGGCUUUGGGAGCUCUUCACCUGUUCGGGCAGCAGGAUGGUGAACAUCCUGGAGAUCAAGCGUUCUCCAAGCAGGUGAAUUCAGCCGUCCAGGACUGGCAAGCUUUGAGUCAACAGAUAAAUGCUCUCAAGUCGGAUUUACAGCCAAUCAAAGAUGAAUGGGCUCACUUUGAAUCUAAAAUGAGUGCAGCAGAACUGCAAACAACCGGGGUGGUCUACAAGCUGGAGCUCUGCAGAGUUUCUGUGUUCUCAUCUGAGCAGAGCCGAACUCAUGUGGAGCACCUGCAAAAGCUUGAAAGGGAGCUGAACCAAUCAGAGACCUGGACCCAGUUAACUGAGGUGUUCUCUAACUUGAAAGACAAACUCAACCCUUAUGCAUCUAAACGUUUGUCUGAUCAUCUCGAGAAGGAGAGAACUCGACAUCAAGCAGUGACUGAAGAUGUGCAUGCCGAUUUACUAAAAGCCCAGAAUGCAUUGCGGCUUUGGCUGGAAUACGAGCGCCUCACAAGAGAGUUCUGUGUUCAUCUAAAUCAGCACUGGGAGAGGCUUGGAGAGCUUAUGAGUUCUUCAGACAGAGAAGAAAACACUGUAGAGCUACUCAACAGCAGGAUGCAGGGCAUCAGUGCUCUGGAGAAAGACAUGCCUCUUGCAACAGUGGGAAACGUCCUGGAGGCCUCAAAGCUUCUCACUGAACAUGUGAAUCCCCAGUCAGCCUCUCUGAUCAAAUCAGAAACCAGGCUACUGUCACGUGACCAUGUGCAUCUUGGCAAUGCACUUUUUGACAUUGGGGCACAAGUCCAGGAGGAGCUGGAGGAGCACCGCCGUUUCAGCACUGAGUUGAAGUCAAUGGAGCAAAAACUUAAAAACUUUGAGAGCAUUAUGAGCUCCUCUGCUGCAAGCCUGGAAAGACUAAAGAAGGUUCUGUUAGAUCUGAGUGGGCUGAACCCUCACCUUGCUGCUCUGAAUCAGAUGAGUUUCGGACUCUCCUUAAGCUCUGCAGAGGAGGAGAGGUUACAGACCCUCAACACACAAUGGGUUCAGGUCUUCUCUCAGGCCACAGACCGACACAGGAAGAUGUAUGGAGAGCUGCUGCAUGCUCAGAACUUCCAGCAGAAGUGCCAGUGCUGGAUGGAGCUCCUGGACACAAUCGAGGCUGGGGCAUCCAAUCAGAUGUCUGGAAACUGUGCUGCUGUAAGAGAGCAGCUAGCUGCACAUCAGAGGCUGAAAGUGGAGGUCCUCGUCAGCCAGCAGCUUCAGGAUGCCAUGGUCAGUGAGGCUUCAUGCUUCUUGGAGAGCAGUCAGAAUGAGGACAGACUCACACAGCUAAAGACACGAUGGCAGGGGACACAGCAGAGGGUCCAGCAGCAUGGCAAAUGUCUGGAAGGGCUGAUGGGACAGUGGCAACUCUAUGAGUCCAGCUCAAGGAAACUUUCAAAGCUACUCAGACACAUCGAUAAACUUCUGCCACCAACAGGACUGCCUCCAUGCAGCUUACAGCAACUCAAAUGCUCUAUAAAAGACUUUGAGUGGACAGAAGAACAACUACAGCUUCAUGAAGAACUGUACAGGCAGACUGUGGCGGCAGGCGGACAGAUCCUUCCACUAUCAGAUGCGCAGACGCAGACACGCCUGCAGACUGAACUGGAUUCUCUCAAGGAGAUGUGGGAGCGAAGCUGUGACCUUGUGGGGAAGAGAAAGGCUCUUGCACACACCAUAACUCAUAACUGGAAACUCUGUGAAACUGGCCUGGCUGAGAGUGCUCUCAAACUGGAAGAGAUAAAAGCAAGACUGAAGAGUCCACUGCCAGAGAAGCUAGAAGAUCUAAAAAUACACAUGCAGCUCAUCAAGGAGGACGAGGACUCGCUGCAGAUUUGGGCUGGGGGACUGAAAGAGCUGACCACCAUGAAGACAGACGUGUCUCAGUAUGUGCUGCCCACAGACACCGUGCUGCUCCAGGGCCAGGUGGAAGAACUUCACAGCCAGUGGGAAGAACUGUGCUUGAAGGUGUCACUUCGCAAACAGGAAAUAGCUGAUCGCCUGAAUGCCUGGAUCAUCUUCAAUGAUAAAAACAAGGAGCUCUGUGAUUGGCUGACGCAGAUGGAGAAAAAAGUGGCACACAGGGGCGCAAACCUUAGUAUUGAGGAAAUGGUGGAGAAACUUAAAAAGGACUGCAUGGAGGAGAUUAACCUCUUCAGCGAGAACAAGAGCCACCUCAAGCAGCUGGGCGAGCAGCUCCUAUUGGCCAGCGACAAGGCUAAGGAGGCAGAGAUCCACGGCGCCUUGCAAUAUGUCAACGACCGCUGGCAGCACCUGUUUGACAACAUUGAGGCCAGGGUGAAAAAGCUGACAGAAACGCUGGUGACAGUGCAGCAGUUGGAUAAGAACAUGAAUAACCUUCGCUCUUGGCUCACUCGUAUUGAAGCUGAGCUGGUCAAACCCAUUCACUACAGUAUCUGCCACAGAGAUGAGAUCCAAAAGAGACUGGCUGAGCAACAGGACCUGCAGCGUGACAUCGAGCAGCACACCGAGAAAGUGGCAUCUGUGCUCACCCUGUGUGACGUGCUUCUGCGCGAUGAGGAUGCCUGCAGCCGUGAUGGAGAGAGUGACUCCAUCCAGCAAACCACACAGCGCUUGGACCAGCGCUGGAGAAACAUCUGCUCCAUGUCUCAGGAGAGGAGGCUGAGGAUUGAAGAGACAUGGAGUCUGUGGUGUAAGUUUCAGGAGGAUUACUCUUCCUUUGAGGACUGGCUGAACGUAGCAGAGCGCUCCGCUGCUGAACCCAAUUCAUCAGACGUCCUCUACACUGACGCCAAAGAGGAACUCCAGAAAUAUGAGGUUUUCCAAAGGCAGGUACAUGAGAGCCUGACCCAGCUGGAGAUUAUUAAUAACCAGUACAGACGACUGGCAUGGGAGAACCGCGCUGAUGCAGCCAGCAGACUCAGGGCCAUGGUGCAUCAUGGGAACCAGCGAUGGGACACGCUCCAGAGGAGAGUGGCUGCAAUACUGCGCAGACUCAGACAUUUCACAAGCCAGAGAGAAGAGUUUGAGGGAACCCGUGAAAGCCUCCUUGUCUGGCUGACUGAGAUAGACCUCCAGCUGACCAAUGUGGAGAACUUCUCAGAGAGCCAUCUCCAAGACAAGAUGAAACAGCUGAAGAGUUUUAAGAAGGAGAUCACUCUGAACACCAAUAAGAUUGAUGCUCUGAUCGUGUUUGGGGAGGGUCUGAUUCAGAGGAGCUGUCCUCAAGACGCUGUUGAGAUAGAAGAUGAGUUAGAGGAGCUGCACAUGUACUGUCAAAACGUGUUUGGCAGAGUGGCCCAAUUCCACCAGCGCCUCACUAGUCUCCGCCCGCAGCUGCAGGAGCAGCUGGACGUCUUUGAUGGUGAACAGUCCAGAGGGACACAGGGCACUGUCUCCUCCAGCCAGCCCUCCAUGAGCCUGUUAUCGCCACCUCAGGAGCCCUCGGGCCGUGAAACCCCCGUGAGUGUGGAUUCCAUCCCUCUGGAGUGGGACCACACCGGGGAUGUUGGUGGCUCUUCUUCACAUGAUGAGGAAGAGGAUGCUGCUUUCUUCUCUGCCCUGUCAGAAUUAGAGGUCACAGAAAUUCCAGAAUUCUCAUUUGAGGUGAUAAAGAAGUCUUUGGAAGAGCCUUUAGCACAGAAUUGGCACUUUCAAAACACAUCUGAAAGGAAAUCCUUCAAGCCGGACUCCUCCUCACCUACACACACCAGCACGCCUUUUAAACAAGGCUACGUCCAGCUGAUGUCUGAGUGCAGCGGCAGCAUUAAGAGUAUGAAGCGGGUUUCUAUGAUCCUGGAUGAUGAGGAGCAGCAGGAGGAACAAGGCCUCACUGGCCUCAACACUGCAGACAAACAGUCAGGAGUGAUUGAGCGCUGGGAGCUGCUGCAGGCUCAAGCAGUAAGUAAAGAGCAGUGCAGCUGCAGAGACCCCCAGCAGCUGACCUCUGACCUGCACGACAUCACUUCCUGGCUGGAUCGGGUCACCCCUGAGCUGGACAGACUGCAAAAGCCUGAGACUGCCAUCAGUGUUGAGAUCUUAGAAGAGAGGGUCAAACAACUUAAAGAAAUGCAGAAGACAUUUGCUCGCUACAAGACCUUGAUACUGUCUCUGAACCUGGGUGGGCGAGAGCUGCAGCAGGGAGCUACAGAAGGAGCACCUGAGCUUCAGGAGGGUCUGCGCAGCAUGAAUCACCGCUGGACAGAAGCUUGUGCGGGACUGGAGGGGUGGGAGGACAGUCUGCGCACUACUCUAGGACGCUGUCAGGAGUUCCACGAGAUGGUCCACUCUCAACUGCUAUGGCUGGCCCAUGCAGAGAGCAGACGCUACACAGUGAACAUCAACGACCCUUCUGUGCAGCCCUCCAUGCUUCAGGAACACCAGAACACCCUGAAGGAUCUGGCAGAGGAGCUGCAGGGCAGACAGAAGCGAGUGAGCUCCCUGCAGGAGAUCAUCUCCGAGCUGCUCCCUGAGGCUGGUGGGGACGACAGCGCUGAAGCCCGGGAGAAACUCCACGUCAUUGGAAGCAAACUAAGACUACUGUCACGUCAAGUCAACCAGGAUCUCCAGACGAUUGAAGAGAGAUUGGAGUCCACAACCGAUGCUUCAGGAGACAGGAAGUCCACACAAAGCUCUCGGUCAACGCGAGACCCAUCACCUCAGCGCUCGUUCUUCUAUCGGGUCCUGCGAGCGGCUUUCCCUCUGCAUCUCCUGUUCCUCCUGCUGUUGGUUCUGGCCUGCUUGGUCCCUCUUUCUGAAGACGACUACAGCUGCACCUUUUCCAACAAUUUUGCCCGCUCUUUCCACCCCAUGUUACGCUACACCAACGGUCCCCCUCCCACAUGAGUCUCUCAUUCAAUCAACAGAGCUGUUUUCAUGACUCAAACAUGCGAAGCAUCUCUCUAUUGUCCAAGCAAUAUUUUAACGGUUGUGUUUAUAUAAUUGGUUUUAUACUAUUUAUUCCCCUUUGAGAGCCAUACUAAGAAUUUUGUCGCAAUGCUGUAAAGAAAAAUAUCAUUGUAUGAGCCUGAAUGUAAAUCACCGACAACUUUUUGAAAUAUUUCUAGAUUUAAGCACAUCACGCACUGAUUAAAGAUUGUAAGUUUGAAACUGGAAAAGAUCGACUCUUCAGCCACAGUUUGUGGUGACAUGAUGGAUGGCUGCUAUUUGUUUAGAGAUUAUGCGGUCUCCUUUUUAAAUUUGAUAUGGAGUGAAUAAACUGUUCAUAUUUGCAAAGCCCAACACAGAUAUAUAUAUUUAAAAAUGUCAAAGGCACAUGGAAAUAUUUUAAUACACCCCUUUGUAAAUAACAAUCUUUUACAUAUGCACUGCAAGGUAGAACACAAAGACGUGCACAGAAAGUAAAUUUCACAAAUUAAACUUUGUUCUGUGUUUAAAAAUAAACAUUGUCUACAAAAAAUCUGUUUUACAUCUGGUCUUUAAUGUUUAGUUGCCAAAAAAUGGUAAAAUCAGUAUUAGCGCUUCAUAUCAAAACAGUCACAAUUCAGAUGCCUCCCGGUAGAUACAAUAACAUUUAUAAAUACUUUGUGCGUUUAUUAAAAUUAAGUACUUGUAACAUCUAUUUUUUUUGCUUCUAAUCUUUAAGGUAUGUUUGGUUUUAUAUCAAUCCAUGGAUAUUUUUUUAUUUUUUUUAUAACUGUCAUCUUAAACCAAAAUGUAUAGAGUGUAAUCACUGUAGGCACUGCAAUAUUUUCAUUUUUCUUGAUUCUCAAAACAGGGCUUCAGAUAUUUCAGAGAACUAUUAAAGUGCAAUAUCACAAGUACUUUUUUUGGUAGCUGUGGUUUUUCACAGUGAAAUAGUAGCAAUAGAUUGAGCUGUCUCUAGAAAAUGUAUAAAGGUUUUGUAAAAGGCCUUUGUGGUGUUAAAGGGGUUUACUGGGUGGAGAGAAGGGUGAAAGAAAGCGUUUUUGUUUUUUUUUAAACACAUUUUGCUCCAUGAUCUGUUUUGUCAAACUUAAUAAAUGCACACAAAACAUCCAACUGUCCUGAAUUACUGCAGUGUGACAUUCACAAGUCCUUGUUCUGACAGAGAAAAAAAAAAGAAAAAAGGCUUGAUUCAGUUCUUCUGAGUCUUUGCUCCCAUUGCAUACAAACCUCUCUCAUCUCUAGCAAUGACUGUCCAUACUGUCGUUUUGUAAGUGAAGGAGUCUGAUCUGUUUGUUCUGAUCUGUGUCAUCAAUAAUUGCUCUAUCUACAGCAGUUGCUACAGUUGAUGAGGGCAUCAGUGCGAUGCUGUUUUUCUUUUACAAAAAGCGAGAGUUGCAAACGUACUGUUUAGAAAGAGAAAAUGGUAAAGUAGAAACUGUACAUUUCAUCGUGGUGCAGAUUUCAUGGGAAUGGGUGCAUGUGCUCUCACUGCCUGUUACAUAAAAAAAAAAAAAAUUAAAUUCAAAAUCUAAAAACA